AUGAGCACAGAUCUCAGCUGGUGCUCCUCUCUCCCCCCACGCUCCUGGCACAGCUUCCCGCUCAUGAUCUUGGCCACAGUUGGCGCAGACUUUGACUUGAGAACUCUGAGGGCGGUGCGGGUUCUGAGGCCACUCAAGCUGGUCUCUGGCAUUCCCAGUCUCCAGGUUGUUCUGAAGUCCAUCAUGAAGGCCAUGGUCCCGCUGCUGCAGAUUGGCCUGCUCCUCUUCUUCGCCAUCCUCAUGUUCGCCAUAAUUGGCUUGGACUUCUACAUGGGGAAGUUUCACCGCACGUGCUUCAGGACAGAUACAAAUGAGCAGGCUGCAGACUUCCCAUGUGGUCUCGAGCUCCCUGCGCGGACCUGCUCCAACGGGACGGUGUGCAGGGAGUACUGGAUCGGACCUAACUUUGGCAUCACCAACUUCGACAACAUCCUGUUCGCCAUCCUCACCGUGUUCCAGUGCAUCACCAUGGAGGGAUGGGUGGAUAUCCUGUACAACGUAAGCCCCUUCACCCAGAACCACAUGAUUUAA